AUCUGGAGAUAAGAUUGAGAUCAUCAAAGACAUCUCCGCCAAGUUUUGGCUUUGUUCCAAACAAGUCAUGUGGCUUUCUGCGCUCCCCUUCUUGUGCCUCAUUUUCCCCGACUCGGCCAAGAUGAGCGGGCAAACAUUUGUUUUAAAACAAAUCAUCAGUGAAGUGGAGGAAGAGUUCUUCAAAGAUAGAGCAGUGCCGACAGAUUGGGACCAAACAAUCGCCUUGAUUGGAACCAUUCAUCAAAGCAUCAAUGAUCCCAAGAGGUUGGAGAGGCUUGUGAGUGGUUGGUCCAAACCAAGAGCCUUGAAGGACGCCCAAAAGUCAUUGGACACGAGAGAAAUUGGCAAUGAUCAACUCAAAGUGGACAAUAUGGCUCAAGCAUUGGAGUUCUACAACCAAGCUGUUCUAUGGGGGCCUAUGCAAGGUCCGCAAAAUUACCUGCUUCCUUUGGCCUUGGCCAACCGAUCCUUGGUCCUAAUGAGAAUGAAGCAGUUCCAUUUGGCAGUCCGGGACAUGACCAUGGCUAUUGAAUCAGGGUAUCCGAAGGAAAACAAGUACAAGCUCUUCCAGAGAAUGGCCAAAUGUUACGCCUCCAUCGAAGAUGCGGCCAAUGCCAUGAAGUGCCACGAGAAGCUCAAGGAGUCAUUGGUGAGCGAGUCAAACUUACCCAGAAAGUCCAUCCAGGACAUUCUCCAGGAGUCUAACAACCUGAUCUUGAACGUCAAGAGAACACGGAAGGCUCAGUCGUUCCUCGAUCUGACUUCAAAUCAAACCAUUCCAGAGGAGGAUCCAUUAACGAUCAGCAAGCCUCACAAGACCAUCUCAAGGGCGCACGGAUCGGUCCGUAUUCAGUACAAUGAUGUCCGUGGGCGAUUUGUCGAAGCGAGUAAGGACAUUGAUGUGGGUGAGCUCAUUAUUCGAGACAGUCCAGUGGUGCAUUACAUCAAUCCCGUUAAUUCCACGAAGAACUGCUAUGCCUGUGGGACCAAUGCCAAUGCUCCUGUUCCAUGUCAGACGUGUGCCAACACGGCCUUUUGUAGCGUGGAAUGUAGAACAAAGGCCAACGCCACGAGCCAUGUGUACGAUUGUGGUUUAGCCUUGCCAGACAUAUUUUGGAAACAAAAGGCCACGGGGUCAGGCUUUGCAACUUUGAUAGGCAUGACCUUGAAGGUCAGCACCCAACAGAAAGCCGGUUUCUUCACCAAAAACGGGUUUAAAGCCUUCAAUGCUCCAGACCUCAACGCAGAUCCGUCAUCCAAAGAUCCGACCUUGAAGAACUACGACAUUUUUUUCAACAUGGCCUCUCAUGUAGACCCAAGCAAUUUUGGCGAGACCUUAGGCGUUGCUCUGAUCCUCUGGAAAUGGCUGGACAGCCAAGGAUAUUUCCAAAAUAUCCUUCCCUCUGAUUUAGAGCCAUUCCAGGAUCAAAGGCGCAACCCCAAAGUGUUCUUCACCGUACUGUUGUUCCAUUUCUACUCCGUGAUCCAAUCCAACAACCACACAGUUCAAGAAAUAGGCAAGAUCGAUAUGACGGCCGAAAAAUUCACCGUUGGGUCUGCGGUCUAUCCCCAUGUGGCUUCGAUUUUCAACCACAAUUGCGAUCCAAAUACCUCUCCGAUUCAAGUGGGUCUGGAUCAGUUGACCUUCGCCUCACGCGUUAUUCACCAAGGCGAAGAAAUAAGCCAUAUUUACCAAGCUCAUUUUGGCAACACUCCAAAGGCCAAGCGUCAAGAGAUCCUUCAAUCCAUGUUCCACUUCGUUUGCUCUUGUGAGGCUUGUGCAGAAGAUUACCCUUUGGCUCAAUCGUUGCCCCAAUCCUUUGCGGAACUUGGACUUGAUCCGGAAUUGGAUCGCAAAUACGAAGAGUGCAAUCUCCGGAUCCAGGAUGCUCUUGAAAUGCCUGGGAGUGCUUUGAAGAUGCUUGAGUUGUACAGCGAGCGGACUCGAUUGGUGUGCAAGCACCUCAAGAGACCCCAUAUGUUUUAUCUGAGUAGCCGAGCAGCAAUCACGGAUUGCUUAUGGGUCAUGUUUGGGAACAAAUCUCAAGGAUUGGAAGGACAUUCCUUACAAGGCAUUUAUUUGUAAAAGACGCGAGCUUUUACGUAUGACAUAUAAAUGGAGGCGAGCGAUUGGAGGCGAAAAUGAACUGUAACUAACUGUCCAUGAAGUUCAAUAUAUCUCACUCAUUCGAUGUGCAUCUUUCCCAAUAUGCAUGCGUAUUGAAUUUUGCACUUUCAAACGAGGUUAUCUCGAACAAAAGAGGAACUUAAAGAAGAGUCCUAUAAUGAUAAUUGUUUAGGAUAAGUUGUAAGCAUACCUUAAGUAAAUGUGUUUAUUUUCGACAUUUUUGAACGUCAUUAGGACACAAGUGUUAUCAUGCUGACAUGACGUUAUUGCAAUUUUUGGGGAU